CACACAUUCACGAUGAUUUCGCAAUUGCAAACUAGCUAGCUCGAGCAAAAGAAAUACGUCACACGUCGUCACACAAAGUUCGUAUUCCUCUCCAGGAUCGACAUCCGAGCGACUCAGCAAAUGACCAUCUUAAUGAGCAUCCAGGCAUUCUUAAACCGUUGCGGGGCUUCUUUCUAUCCAAACGCUGCGGCGAAGUUGCUUGUCUACUACUGCUCCAAGAAGGCUUUUACAUCCUACGGAUACAGCACUCGCUUUCCUCGGUUUAUGGACCAUAUCGUUGUAUAUCUACGAAGAUGGCAUAGGCCACUCCGAGGACAUGCACCCAGCAUUCAACGCUAUGUCCCACAAUUCCAUCAACAUUUUUCGAAACUGGAUCCAAGGCAUAAAAUCACCAUUUAUUAGCAAAAUCAUGUACUUCACGACCAUGAACGCUAUACAAUCUCAAUACCAUUAGAAAAUACGAGGGAGCUCGCUAUGAACAGAUGAGGUCAGCCUGAAGACAUCACUCGUCACAGUAGGCAUCCGGGCGGGAAGUGUCGAAGGAGGGUCCAGUCAAAU